CCUUGUGUUGGUUUCUGUCCACUUUUUGAGUCAACUGGGAAGAAAGAGCAAAAUUUCAUGAGUCUUUUUAAGCAACCCCAAGGCCUUAAUGGGAUACUGGUAGAGGUAGCUGUUAUUGGCUGGAGAAACUUUGUGAGGGAGACUGACUUUGAGCAAUGCUUCCUCAGCACUUACUGUCACUGCUGCUUGUUUAUCCACACUAUUGAGCUCCAACACGUCCACAUAAUCGCAUUGUUCUGCUAUUGCUAUUGCUACUCUAUCUGCAGAUUGUCAAACUUUCCUAACUGCUAUUGCAUCCAAAGAUGAUAGAAACCUUUUUGUUUAUAAUUUUGAUGUUGUUCUUGUUUUUCAUAUCCCAGGAAUCUCUGCUCAACAGAAAGUUUCAGGAGAGGUCUUCAAGUAUAGCCAGGGGCAUAAGCGAUGAAUACUCCAUCAAGAUUAGCCAGUUUGAGCAAAAAUGCAAGAUCAUUGAAAACCAGAUUAAUAACAAAAAAAGAAAUUUGAACGAGAAGAACCAGCUAAUAAUAAAGCUAAUGACUGAAAUAAACACAAAAUCUAUAGAUUCUAAGAACCUCAAACAAAACCUCAACCAGAAGAUUGCUCAAUUGAGUGAGAUAAAAACCUCAAUCGCAUUGGAAAACGACAAGGCAGUUAAAAAUGAUCAGAUUAUCAAUGACUUGAAAUCCAAAAUCGACGAGUUAAAAGUCGAAAAGUAUUGCUUGAAUGAAAAAUUCGGAAAGCUAUAUGACAAGUACCAUAAAUACCAAGUUGAGAAUCAAUUCCUAAUAGAACAAAAUAAUUUGCUCGAUAACGAAAUCUUUAUCAAAAAUCUAAAUCUAAACAAUAUUGGUCAAAAUUUGAAAUUUUUUCAAGACAAGAAUAACAGUUUAAAUUCCAAAUUAAGUGAGAUUUUGACUAUAAUCAAUGAAAUCAAACAAAAGACUUCUAUACUAGAUUCAAUUUUUCAAAACUUCCAAAAUCAUUGGAAUAUUGAAUUAAACAACUUAUCUGAUGAUAUUAACAAAAAUCUCCCCAAAAUUCUAUCUAAAGAACAAAACACCUUAAACAGUCAAUUAGAUUCUUUAGAUAUAAACAGAAAUAAUCCAUUGACAAUUGAUGAAAGAUUUAAACAAAUAAUUGCCAUCAGAUCAAAAUACACCGAAAUUCACAGCAAACUAAAAUACGAAAUACAUUUGAGAGAAUUAAAACAUUACAAGAUUAAAGAAUCAUUUGAAAAGGAUUUCAAAAUUAAAUCCUCCCAGAUAAACGAUCUAUUAGAUGAAAUUGAAUUCAAUGAUAACCAAAUAAACCAACAUAUAAGAGAGCUAAACAUUGAAAACAUAAGAUUCUCAACUGAAUUUUUGAAAAACAAUCAAUUGGAUUUUGAUGCUAAUAUCAAUAAUAAACUUAACAGUAUGAUCAACACUUUACUGAGUCUGAGAGAUCGAUUCUCCAGCACAAACCCAAGCAUUUCUAAUACCAACACUGAGAGCUUGAGUUUCUCUAAAGAUCAUAGACCACCAAUGACCCUAAUACCGAUAAAUGGUAACACUGAUUCGACUUUACCAACUCCCAUAAACCAUAAUAUACAUAGCACAAGCUCCAUCAAUAAUAGCAAUAUCAAUAAGAACAGUCUUUCACCCAUUGAUAGAAAUCGACUGGGAAUUUUGAAAGUAAAACCUCUACAAGGAAUCCUAAAAACUCCAACAUUAAAUGAUAUAAACUCUAAAAAGAACAAAUCAAAGUUUUCAAGUCGAAGGUUUUCUGGUGGGAGCUUAUUCCAUCGAAUAAACUCAACCUCUAAAGAUGUUAGAAGAUCAUCUUAUAAUUAAACUUCGUUUUAUAUCUUUACGCAUUUUACUAUUGAAUAACAAGAAAAAAAAUAGAAAUCCAUAGAUAUAAAAUAAAUGUUACAAAUCAAUUCCUAAAAUAAAUAUUAAAAC